AUGGCUAUGAAGUUUGGUAUAGAUCAAAUCCGCGAGUCUUGUAGAGAGAAACAAGUAAAACUCAAGAACUUGCGGGGAAGAGUUUUGAUAAGCAAGUCAAGAAUACGAGUGUUAUAUAUUCCAUCAAGACUUCAUAAGUCGGAUGUUAUUGUAAGAUACUUGGAAUGGUGGAAGCAAUCGGUGCACGAUGGGAAAGAUGGAAGUGGAAGUCUAAAAUGUUUAGACAUUAUGGGUUCGAGUUUCAAAGGGAAGAAUUUAUAUCAUUAUCCUCUUUAUCCACCUGGUUUUAAUCCAAAAUGUCAACAUAUUGAAGUACUUGACUUUGAUGAGGAGGAUGAUCUAACAUUGAAGGAGUUCUUUAUUCAUAAUAACAAGCUCAAAAUUGUUGAUCAUAGAAUAGAUGAGAGAAGCAAUAAAACUCAAGAACUUAUGUGGAAGAGUUUUGAUAAGCAAAUCAAGAAUACAAUGUUAUAUAUUCCAUCAAGACUUCAUAAGCCGGAUGUUACCUGUAAGAUACUUAGAAUGGUGGAAGAAUCGGUGUAUGGUAGGAAGGAUGGAAGCGAAGUCUAA